AUGAACUAAAGAUCACAAUUUUCAGGGAUUUGUGAAAGGAGAACGGAGAAGAGAAACGUUCCCAUUUUGCAGUAACAAUUUUUCAUCGUGGCUUAGCGAGCUGUUCUUCCCUUUAACUCGCCGGCGCCUGCGAUCGAAUUAGGAAUUCAGGAGUGAAGAGAUGAGGCGCAGACCUGGAAUUGGCGGGUUGCAGACGGCUGCUGCUGCGAGGGAUCAGUAUCGUUUGCUGGGAGAAAAUGUUUCUAAGUUGAGAACUGAUCUUAUGAAAGAACAACUCUCGACUUUCCGAUCCCAAUUAGAAGAUUUCGCCAGAAAACACAAGAAUGACAUACGCAAGAAUCCAGCUUUUAGAGCUCAAUUCCAUGAGAUGUGUUCAAAAGUAGGUGUGGAUCCUUUGGCUUCAAAUAAGGGUUUCUGGGCAGAGCUUUUAGGCAUUGGUGAUUUCUAUUAUGAACUAGGGGUGCAAAUAGUGGAUAUUUGCUUGUCUACUAGACCUCUUAACGGAGGUUUAAUCAGCUUGGAGGAACUCCGCAAGCUGCUCUCUCAGAGACGAAAAAGUGCUCGUGAAUCUGUUUCAGAUGACGACUGCUUGCGUGCUAUUAGUAAAUUGAAGAUGCUAGGAAAUGGUUUUGAGGUGAUUUCAGUUGGAAAAAAAAAGCUUGUGCGAUCUGUCCCAACCGAGCUAAAUAAAGACCACAAUGAAAUUCUCGAGUUGGCUCAGGCUCAAGGAUUUGUGACGGUUGAAGAGGUAGAGCGAAGACUCUCAUGGUCCACUGGCCGUGCUACUGAUGCACUAGAAACCUUGUUAGAAGAUGGUCUUGCAAUGAUAGAUGAUGGUCAUAGAGAUGGAAAACGUCGUUAUUGGUUUCCGUGUGUGUCUUCCAUUUCCUCCUACUCUGGAACCGACUCUCUAUCUGAGUCGUAAGCAUAUUUUUAACAUAUCGAAGAUGAACAAUGAACAUGUCUGUUGAGGAUGAACUUCUCAUAAAUGGGUGGUAAUACAUUUUCUGAACUAAAACAUUUCCAUGUUUGCUGAAUAUUUCAUUCAUAGUGUUGUGUGCAUUACAGAUUACAUUUAAAAGUCAUUUCCAC